CAUUAUUCAGACUCUCUGCUGCGCACGCGCAGAAGACUGCGGCGACACACGCGUGUGGAGGAAGUGCAGUGACAGGUCUGGAGCCUCUCGGUCCUCACUGAAACCGGCGAGACUGUGUUUAAAUUAUCUGCUUUUAAAAAAGAAAAGAAAUGUCGUGGCUGUUCGGCCUGAACAAGGGGCAGCCUGAGGUGCCUCCCGGUCUCCCGGCUCAGCCUCCACCACCACCGCCGCCGCCGGCCGGAGGCUCCAGCGGCGGUGGAGAUAAACCCAAGGACAAAUGGAGCAACUUCGAUCCCACCGGGCUGGAGCGGGCUGCUCAGGCGGCCAAGGAGCUCGACAAGUCCCGAAAUGCCAAAGAAGCUCUGGAUCUGGCUCGAAUGCAGGAGCAGACCACUCAGAUGGAGCAUCAGAGCAAGAUGAAGGAGUAUGAAGCUGCAGUCGAACAGCUCAAAGGCGACCAGAUACGAGUCCAGGGAGAGGAGAGGAGGAAAACUCUGAAUGAGGAGACGAAGCAGCAUCAAGCGAGAGCUCAGUAUCAAGAUAAGCUGGCUAGACAGCGAUAUGAGGACCAACUACGGCAACAGCAAGCCCUGAAUGAGGAGAACCUCCGCAGACAGGAGGAGUCUGUACAGAAACAGGAGGCCAUGAGGAAAGCAACGAUAGAGCACGAGAUGGAGCUGAGGCACAAGAACGAGAUGCUGCGCAUCGAGGCCGAGUCUAAAGCGCGAGGCCGCGUGGAGAGAGAGAACGCCGAUAUUAUCCGUGAACAGAUCCGCUUGAAGGCUGCAGAACACAGACAGACUGUCCUGGAGUCCAUAAAGACUGCAGGUGCUGUGUUUGGAGAAGGAUUCAGGGCCUUUGUGUCAGACUGGGACAAAGUCACAGCCACGGUGGCAGGUCUGACCCUUUUAGCUGUGGGAGUUUAUUCAGCCCGAAACGCCACGGGGGUGGCGGGACGUUACAUCGAGGCCAGGCUCGGGAAGCCGUCACUGGUGCGGGAAACGUCCCGAUUCACCGUGGGAGAGGCUAUCAAGCAUCCAGUCAAGACGGCCAAACGGCUGAAGAGCAAACCUCAGGAUGCCCUUGAGGGAGUUGUGCUCAAUCCUUCCUUAGAAGAGCGUGUGCGUGAUGUUGCUAUAGCAACGAGAAACACGAGGCAGAACAACGGUCUGUAUAGGAACAUCCUCAUGUACGGCCCUCCAGGCACGGGCAAAACUCUCUUUGCUAAGAAGCUGGCAAUGCAUUCUGGGAUGGACUACGCAAUUAUGACUGGUGGUGACGUGGCACCCAUGGGCCGUGACGGUGUGACAGCCAUGCAUAAAGUGUUCGACUGGGCUAACACAAGUCGACGCGGACUUUUGCUUUUUGUUGAUGAAGCUGAUGCAUUCCUUCGCAAGAGAUCCACAGAGAAGAUCAGUGAAGACCUCAGGGCCACUUUGAAUGCAUUCUUGUAUCGCACUGGAGAACAGAGCAACAAGUUCAUGCUGGUGUUGGCCAGUAACCAGCCGGAACAGUUCGACUGGGCUAUAAAUGACCGUAUAGAUGAAAUAGUGAAUUUUGCUCUGCCGGGUCCCGAAGAGAGGGAGAGGCUGGUGCGGUUGUACUUUGACAAAUAUGUGCUGGAGCCCGCCACUGGAGGGAGGCAGAGGAUGAAGCUGGCACAGUUUGACUAUGGUAAAAAGUGCUCUGAGAUAGCAAAGCGGACAGAGGGAAUGUCUGGAAGAGAGAUCUCCAAGCUGGGUGUGGCCUGGCAGGCGGCAGCAUAUUCUUCUGAAGAUGGCGUCCUGACAGAGGCCAUGAUCGACGCUCGAGUUGACGAUGCUGUCAAGCAACACAUUCAGAAGAUGGACUGGCUGCAUGCAGAGGACGACGCUCAGACCAAGACCCUUACACCUCCCCUAGCUGGGGCGACAGCCACUGGAGGCAAAAUGGGCUUUAACCUGCCCCUCAGUGAGGCACCUCAGGCUGAGGAGGUGAUUGCUCCGGUACUUGAGAUAAAUACGAAACAGGAGGGUGAAAGUGCCACAGCUAGACAGGACUGUGAAGCUGCAACGACAGCAGAGAGUUUAGCCCAGCCUGCCGCCUCCACUGAUGGCGAGGGCAAGGUGGAGAAAGACGACAAGACUGGAUCUCCUCCAAAGGAUGGAACUCCAGUUUGAGAUCUAGAUUUGUUCAGUGGGGCGGCCUGGUUUAUAAAAACUAAUGUCCUGCCUCUUUAACUAGUUAGUCAGUUUAUGUCUAAAAGUCUGAAGGACUGUCCAUGACAGAAAAUCAUUCAGUGGGUCGGGGAAAAUAAUCAAUUCUAAUGUAUAAUGUAUAGAUCAUGGAGACCAGACUCUGUCUGUAAUAACAGUAUAUAAGUGUUGUACACAGUGGAGUGUCUGUUGAAAUGAUUAAAUGGAUCUGUUUUUUUAUGAACAGUAAA